CGGCGGCGGGGCCUUGCCUUAUAGCGCGGGGUCCUCGGCGGCCUGGGUGUCUACUGCCCCUGCUGCUGUCGUAGGCGAGGACGGCUGCUAGUGCGGCUGCUGUUGGUUCGCGGCGGCGGCGGCGGAGGAGGAGGAGGAAGAGGGCGAGGCGACAGGGGAAGAAGGAGGCAGGCGCGGCGGCGGCGGCUUCGCCCGGGGCCGGCGGCGGCGGCGGCGGCGGCGAGGGGGGGGAAGAUGGCGGACGUGCUCAGCGUCCUGCGACAGUACAACAUCCAGAAGAAGGAGAUUGUGGUGAAGGGAGACGAGGUGAUCUUCGGCGAGUUCUCCUGGCCCAAGAAUGUGAAGACCAACUAUGUAGUUUGGGGGACUGGAAAGGAAGGCCAGCCCAGAGAGUACUACACAUUGGAUUCUAUCUUGUUUCUACUUAAUAAUGUGCACCUUUCUCAUCCUGUUUAUGUCCGACGUGCCGCCACUGAAAAUAUUCCUGUGGUUAGAAGACCUGACCGAAAAGAUCUGCUUGGAUAUCUCAAUGGUGAAGCAUCAACAUCAGCAAGCAUAGACAGAAGUGCCCCUCUAGAAAUAGGUCUUCAGCGAUCUACCCAAGUCAAGAGAGCUGCAGACGAAGUUUUAGCAGAAGCAAAGAAACCACGAAUUGAGGAUGAAGAGUGUGUGCGUCUUGAUAAAGAAAGAUUGGCUGCUCGUUUGGAGGGUCACAAAGAAGGGAUUGUACAGACUGAGCAGAUCAGGUCUUUGUCUGAAGCUAUGUCAGUGGAAAAAAUUGCUGCAAUCAAAGCCAAAAUUAUGGCUAAGAAAAGAUCUACUAUCAAGACUGAUUUAGAUGAUGAUAUAACUGCCCUCAAACAGAGGAGUUUUGUGGACGCUGAGGUGGAUGUGACACGAGAUAUUGUCAGCAGAGAGAGAGUAUGGAGGACACGAACAACUAUCUUACAGAGCACAGGAAAGAAUUUUUCCAAGAAUAUUUUUGCAAUUCUUCAGUCUGUAAAAGCCAGAGAAGAAGGACGUGCUCCUGAACAGCGACCAGCUCCAAAUGCAGCACCUGUGGAUCCUACGUUGCGUACCAAACAGCCUAUCCCAGCUGCCUACAAUAGAUAUGACCAGGAAAGAUUCAAAGGAAAAGAAGAAACGGAAGGCUUCAAAAUCGACACUAUGGGUACCUACCAUGGUAUGACGCUGAAAUCUGUAACGGAGGGUGCAUCAGCCCGUAAGACCCAGACUCCUGCAGCACAGCCAGUACCAAGACCAGUUUCUCAAGCAAGACCUCCCCCAAAUCAGAAGAAAGGAUCUCGAACACCCAUUAUCAUAAUUCCUGCAGCUACCACCUCUUUAAUAACCAUGCUUAAUGCAAAGGACCUUCUACAGGACCUGAAAUUUGUCCCAUCAGAUGAAAAGAAGAAACAAGGCUGCCAACGAGAAAAUGAAACUUUAAUACAGAGAAGAAAAGAUCAGAUGCAACCAGGGGGCACUGCAAUUAGUGUCACAGUUCCUUAUAGAGUAGUAGACCAGCCGCUUAAACUUAUGCCUCAAGACUGGGAUCGGGUUGUAGCAGUUUUUGUGCAGGGUCCUGCAUGGCAGUUCAAAGGCUGGCCAUGGCUUUUGCCUGAUGGAUCACCAGUUGACAUAUUUGCUAAAAUUAAAGCCUUCCAUCUCAAAUAUGAUGAAGUUCGUCUAGAUCCAAACGUUCAGAAAUGGGAUGUAACAGUAUUAGAACUCAGCUAUCACAAACGUCAUUUGGAUAGACCAGUUUUCUUACGGUUCUGGGAAACAUUGGAUAGGUACAUGGUAAAGCAUAAAUCCCACUUGAGAUUCUGAAUUUUACUUGGUUUCCCUUUUUCUGGAGAUCUGGAUUAAGAAGCAUGGAUAUACCUUGACCUAAAGACUGAGACUCAAGCUUUAUGAAUUUAUCAAGAACUUACAAAUGAAGAAGGUCACAGAUCCAUCUUUUAUAAGACCUUAUUUGAUGCUUUAUGCUUCAAAGGGAUGAUGCUUGUCAUCCAUAUAAGCAAACUUUUUGGCUUACAACUAUUUUUUUAAUAUUAGCCUUCUAGUCUGUAACGGAAAUUGUAUAUUUUGAUAGAAGUUUUUUCUCCAUUGGUUAAAUUAGCAUUACUUAAAAUUUGUUUCUUUAGAAAAUAAAUGCAGGUUAUAAAUGUGUGUAUAUUUAGAGGUUAUAAGGCUCUCUAAGCCAUCUUCUGAUUUUUCAUUGCUCUGUAAUUCCUUUUAUUGAAAAUAGUAUGCUAUGAAUGGUAUCAAAUUUUAGUCUCUGGAACUUCCAAAACUGGCAAAGGGAUGUGACUAUUUUGAAUGAAUCAGAAUGUCAACCUGUAUGUAUACUAUACCUAUACUUAUUCUUUAUUUAAAAAAGAAUAAUGAAAAAUCAAGAACAAUUCUUCAGCUUUGGUUGAACUGUUCGGCCUUUUCAAGACUUCUUUACUUACAAUGAAUACAUUGAAUGAAUGUACAUUCUUCUUUCUCACUGACUUUGGUGAUUUUAAAACUUAGAAUGAUAUAUUUCUAUCUGUGCUAUCUUUCCACUUGAAAAAUCUCAGAAGACAGAUUAAAAACAUGAUAGGCUGUAGUACUUUUUGUUUUGGGAGCCAGAGUAUGUUUGGGAGAAAGAAAUGUAUUAGUCCUACUACAAUGUAACUUUAACUUUCUUAUCUUUCUCAUAAGUUCACCUUUGAAUCUUACUUUGUAUGUAUGGUAUAGGUUUUUGAGUCUUCUGUUUCUAGGCAUGUUGAUCUUGGAGUUCUUAUCUUCCAUUAUCCCUAAAUACUGAUAACUCUCCCAGACACCAAAGAACACAUUUGCUUAAUUAAGUGUCUGAACAGAAACAAGAUAAAAACACUGGUAUUUUUAUGUGCGUAUUCAAUAUCGUAUAAAAUAUAAAACCUAUAUUUUAACUUAGUAAAAUAUUUUACUACUUCUCUAGAGUGUUGCAUCCAAGGUACAAUGAAUGAGCAUUUUCCUUGAGUCUUGAUUUCACCUUUUAUUACUUAAAAGCAACUGGAGCCUCUACUCCCCUAAAGAGUUUUCGCCAUUAGGAUUGUUGCUGAUUGUUCAUCUUGUGUCAUUUUUUUUCUCCAUUUUUUUCCCCAGUGAUCUCUCUUAGAUGAACAUUUUUUUAGUAAACAUUUAGCUCCUUCUUAUGUUAUGCUGACAUUACCUAGCUUCAUUUUGAAAUUUAAUGCUAUCAUAAGAAUGAGAAGCACUUAUUUAUUUUUAAAGUAAUCACAAAAGUCCAUACCAAUAGUGGAUAGAAAAAAGUAUUUAUUCAUGUGGAAUUCACUAUGUUCUUAAGAAAAGCAGUCAGCAUUUUAAAUUAUUAGAUUAUAGGAUAUUUAUAAGGUUUGAACAGAUUCUACCCCCUUCCUUUCUGUGCACCUCUCUUCUUGAAAACAAAAGAACUCAAAUUUGUUCACUUUAGACUUUCUCAUCAUAUAAACUGUUUUCAAAAUGAAUUAAUGUAUUGUAUAAACUUUCUCCAUGAUGAAAUCGUCAAAGACUAGAAUCUGUACUAUUUUAAUGUAAGAUUACUUGUUAAGACUACUACAAGUGGACGAGAACUACCUUUCUAUAAAAAUUUUUAGUAUUUAUACUUAUGUCAUAUAUGAAAUUUACUUGAUACAGAGUGUGGUUAAAAUUGGGAACAUCUACUUUAAACAGGGUUUAUUUUUCUAUCUUGAAUUUGCCUUAUGUAUAUUCAAAGGCUUCUGGAAAUACUGUAAAGGAACAUUAGGAAAAGUACAAAUAUGCUAUGCUGUAUGUAUUUUAAAAUCAAACCCUUAGUAUGUACUUAAUUUUCUUUUUCUUUUUUCAGCAGUUCAGUCCCUCAUUUAGGUCCAUGUAAUUAAUGUAAUAGUCAUUAAUUCCAAAACAAUUUUUUUUCAGCCAGUCAUUAUUCGUUAUCUCAUGACUCCCAAGUCCUACAGCAGCACCUAUCACUGUGCCUUGCACAUAAUAGGCAUUCAGUAAAUAUUUAUAUGCAUGAAUUAAUGAACUUUUCAGUGUGACUGAUUUAUUACAAAAAGUACUUUUACUAGGUCUUGGAGUUUGAAAAUACAGAAAUACAGGGAAUGAAGAGGUACACAUAGAUGUUUAAUGGAAAUGAGGUAUAUACAUUAAUGACCUUGACUUACCAUAAGUUACUGUUAACUGGAGACACCCUUGCUUGUCCCAUUGGUAAAAGAAAACUCCCAUUUCUUUAUUCAUAGGACACUUUUCUGAGUCAGGUAACAUUAAGAAACUUGUAGGUUUCAGUCAGUUAAUUGUUCAACCUUGACUGCACGUUAGAAUCACUUGGGGGACCUUUUAAAUAUUUAUUGCCUGAUUCCUGAUUCUGAUUUAAUUUGUGCUGAGACCUGAUCAUCAGUAUCUUUAAAAAGUUGUUUAGGUAAUUUCAUGUUCAGAAAGGAUUGAGAAUCACUGAUUUAAUUUGUGGUUGAAAACAAUGCCAGUAUUAAAUGUCGUAUUUCCUCAUCUCCCGCCUUCCCUCCCUCCCUCCCUUCCAUCCUUCCUUCUCUCCGUUCUGCCCUCCCUCCUUCUCUCCCUUCUUUCCUUCUCCCUGCUUUCCUUCUUUCGUUCUUUCUUUCCUGCUUUUACUUUUCCUCUUGGUGGCCACCCUUUGCACUAGACUGACCCCCUUAUUGAUGGUAUUGGCCUGUAGUUCCACAUAACAAAUUCAAGUCUUAUUUAUUUAAUAUAGGAGUAUUUUGCUGUUUAAUAUUUAAACAAUGUUUAAUAUAUUGCAUUAUAAACUAGUAUUAUAGUUUAUGAUUUGUUUCCCAUGUGUCCUUAUCCUUAUUUUUUUUUUAACAGCAGCAUGAUAACAAUCCAUACAGAAAUAACUAGUUCAUAAUGAGGAAAAUUUCAUAAUAAUUUUUAAGGUAGAAGAAAGUAAAGGAUUAAUUUCUUAUCUGCCAUGCAGAAUUAGUUUGCUUAUGAAAGGAAAGAGGCAUACUUUUUAAUUGGUCUGCACAGAAAAGUAAAUUAUUCAUUUAAAUAAAAUUCAUUAUCAAACAUUGAAGGAAAUAUUUUUCCAAAAUAAAAAUUUUUGUGACUCCUAACAAAGUUAAAGUGAUACAUUGUUCUUUUUUGGAGGGUGGGGAGGGAGUAUUUAGUUUCCAUAUUUCUUACUAUAUAACAAUUCCAUUUUAUUGGUAUUAACAGUAGAAAAUGAUGAUAGGAUACACAUUAUGUGGCCAGAAAUAAAAUGCCACUUUGUCAGAUAACAAUUAUCUGAGUCUUAGUUGUUGAACUAAUUAGUUUAUAAAACUUUUUGAGACCAACAGUGUAAUUUAUAAAUAUUAUAAAAGCUGACCAAAAUUAAAACAUGAAAAAUAAAUUUGAUUACAUGAGCCUUAAAUAUUACUUGACUGAAUUUUUAUUCACUUGGAUUUGAUAGUCAACUGGUUACCCUAACCAUAGUAAAUUAACUUUAGAAAUAAAAAAGUAAAAAUCACUGAAUUUGACUUAAGAACUGGAUUAGGAAUUUUGAAAUGUCAUGUCCUGUAUGUUCUGGCCUAUCCAUUGCCACAUUUGGCUGUAUAGUGAUGCCAGCAUGGUUUCUAUCUGUAUAUGUUGGAAUGAUAACCAAGAAAAAAUUGGAAAUGUAUAAUAGGUGUAUAAAAAUUAUAUUUAGUAAAUGCAUAAUAUGCAAUAAUACUUUCAGGUCAUUCAUCUUUUGGGGCUUAUAUGUAUUAUUUUAGGUAGUGUUUAUUAGAGUGAUCUUGAGAGUUAUAUAUAAAUGUAUGCCAUUUAAAUGAGUAAAGCUAAGGAGAUUAAUUUUAUUGCCAGAAUUCAAAAAGUGAAGUGAUGCUAUGUCAAAUUUAGGUGGGUGAUGUAUCUCUCUGAGAGUUUUGUUUGCUACUGAAUUCCAUUUCUAUCCAGUUUAAGUUUGCUAAAAGCUACUUAACCUCCAAGUUUGGUUAUAUAGUGCUUUAUAUAUAAUGUAGUUCAUUUACAUGGUAUAGGCACUAUAAAUGAUUGUUUACCCCCCAGUUUGUAUAUUUCUCAUGCAAAGUGGGUUCUUCAGUGGAACUUAAAUUUAGGCCCUGUGACCUGAUUAAAUGUUCUACUCAUUCUUACUCCAUUUCAGUGGAUUUUUAAGUUUCAACUUGUAAAUAAGUUUUGGGUAUAUUCCCACCCCCCACUUCUGCCCUAGUCUUCAUCCUUCCAACCAAAAACACAUUCAACCAAGAAUACAGAAACUGUAUUGUGUUGUAGGAUAUGGACGAUGACAGUCUUUUCAAAAAGGGAUUUAGGAGAUUUUUCAGGCAUUGUAUUUGUUUUGAAAAUAAAAGUAAUGGAAGUUUUCACUUUGAAAACUAAAGAGUUAAAUACAUUUACAGUCUUCUGUUAAUGUGUUAAAUAAUGGAGAGAAUCACAAUUCUUCCUAAAAGUAACAAGCUACAUGCUCUAAUGAGCUUAGUUUGGUUAUGGUCCAACUUACCAAGUCCUUAUUGUUAGAAUGUUAUUUACCAGCAUACACUCUUAAUUCUAUUAUCUUUCAGCAGUUUGGGCACCCUGAUUUUAACAUUUUGUAGUUUGAAAACAAACUGCACUCCGCAUAUAAUCAAAUCAUUAACAACAUCAUGGUAUUAUUGGUGGUGCCAGUAAUAAUGUUUAACUCUUUUGCAACAAAAUUCCUUUAAUGAAGUGUUUAAUGGGCCCUAUUCAAACUUAAUUUCCAUUCAGUUCAUAAGUGCCUACUAAAUAUGUAUUUUAUCCUGCUCUUCUGUUCAUUUGAUCAUCUGCUUUUAGGCAGAUGAGCAUUCACAUAACUAAAAUAGAUACAGCAGGAGUUGUAAAUGCUGUUGGAUUUUUUAAGGCUCAAAGGUGCUAGUAUAUAAGAGCACAUUGCCAAAUAAGCUUUUUUUCUUCUCAUUUUCUAAAACAGUUUCCAUUUAUUUUUAAUUAAUGAUCAGUGUUUAUGGUGAGUUGGAAAACAUCCUCUUAAUUUCCUUCAGUGACCAUAAAAAAAAACAUUAAAAAAGCAGCUCUAGAGAAGGCUAUGGUGUUGAGUCUGUCAUAAUUAUUUGUAGAUACUUUAUCAUAGAACUGUAGUUUAUAAUUCACCGUCAUCUAGAGAAUAUUGAUUUAUAUUACAUGACUAAUGUAAAUAGGGCUCAGGCCACAUAAGACCGAAGACAUCAGAGGUUUAGUUAAUCACAUUUGAAUAUUUUAUUGCGCUGUGAUUGAUUUGCCAAAAAAAAUCCAAAUGGAAACACAUUGGGUUAUACAGCAUUGACUAUGAUAAAAUAUGAUAAUGUAUACUCACAGAACUUGCCUUCAUGGAGUUUAACAUGUUAAAAAUGUAAAUAUGGUAAUGGCAUCAAUUUCUCUUUUUAAAAUUGUUAAAUAAUGAUGUGUUUUUCUUUAAAAUGGAAUAGUUUGAAAUUUUAUCAAGUUGGUGUAUGUAAUGGUUGGGGAAGAUCAAAUGGGCUUGCUCAUGGCAUAUUCAAUCAUGACAUAACUAAUGUUUAUGGUCAUUUUGACUGUAAAGCAGUUUUAAAGUAUUUGUAUUUUUAUUUACAUGUUUUUAUUUCAUAAUGCACCACUGAGUACAAAAAAGGAAGUGUAAGGGUUACUGAUGAUGAAAUAAAGUGAGGGUGUUAAUGUAGAUUAAAGCAAGUUGAUGUAGGAAUUUGAGGAGAAAGAAGAAAUUAUAUGGGAACUCACAACUCCAUGGGGAAAAAAAGACAUAGUAAGAAUUGGGCAGUGAUGUAUCUUUUGGGGGAUUGGUCAUAAAUUUAAAUGAAACGAGGCAAACUGUGGUGUGAUUUUUUUUUUUUUUCCAGCAGCAUUUAGGUACUUGAUUCCAGGUGUAGAAAAAGCAAAUAGAUUUUUAACUUUUGAUAGAAGUAGAAACAGACCAGGGAGGUGAAGAUAUUCACAAAGGUGGUGAUUAUAGUACCAGAACAUGGAAUCUAAGCUCUUCAAGAGAUAAAUGAUGGAGAGGAAGUGGUGGAUUGUAUGAAAGUGGUGCUGACCCACGAACUGAAACCUUCAGUGAAAUGAAGCUAAAAGUGAGCCUAAAAGACAAGAAGGUGAGAAGAUUGGGUGUGUGAAAUCAGGAUUUCAGAUGUGAUCUGAUAUUGAUGAGGAAAAGUCAAAACCUUGGAAGUGACUGAGAUAGAAGAAGGGCUCUUUGAGGUGGGGAGUCAAAGAUCUGAGGCCAUGAUUACUCAUGUGAAUGUUGAAACUGAGAACUACAAGAAAUAAAGGUGGCAGGGAAGAUAGCCAGCCACAGGCUAGUGACUCAGCUUGAUAGCAACAGGAAAAUUCUAACUAGAUAGCAUGAACUUUAAAGGAUCCAUGCUCAAAACAAAAAUCUUUGGCUUUGUUAUCAAGAGAUGAGUGAAAGUACAUUUAGAUACUUUUAGAUUUUUUUUAAAGGUAUGGAUCAUCAUUUCAAUGCCCCCCUCUAACGUGCUUUUUUAAAUAAAAUUCUGUACUUGUUCCAUUAGGACAGGUUAUGAGGGCUUUUACUAUACUAAGUGUAAAUCCUCCUUUUUGACAAUAAUAGCCUUUCUACCUUCUCUGAGUCUCGUUUUCUCCAAUUUGCUCCCACAUCAGGCUAGUUCUUGUAUUCUUUGCCUCUUCUGUAGCCCAAUAAUAACUGGAAGUGGGAAAAAGUCUUUGUUGGAAGACCUGAGCACUGCUCUGUUCUGAGGUUUCAUAAUGAGCCCAAACUGAGGUGUCUCCUAGUUGUAUGUGCAUCUUACUACUAAGGGAGAACACCUUGAAUGGUUCCCAUAGUGGGUUCAGGGUGCUGGAAAAAAGGAAUACUUGGAAAUGUGGGAAAUUGGAAAGGGUUUUUCAUUGACUUUUCUGUGGACAUCUUAUUUCCUCAGUUUGUUUUGUUCUAGAUUUUGGAUGAGAAUUCUUAAAAUGUUGCAAGCUUUUUCCCCCCUAUACUGGGGUGGGCUAGAUGUUAUUUUGAGCCUAAUCUAAAUCUUACCUGAAUCUCUUUCUUUCUUUGGUUUCCUUGUUAACAUGAAGUGGUAUAUAUUUUCUUGUUUGGUGGCUGAUGGCUUUAUGGCUUUUCCUUUUUUCUCAAUCCCCUACCAAUUCUUUAGCUGUUAAGUAUGAUCGAGCUAUGAUCCCACUUGACUUCACUGUCUUCACCCAGAAGUGACCUUACCUAUUUUUGGUGGAGGAAACAGAAGCCAUGGACUUCUUAGUACUUUAUCUCACAAACUUGUAUGCAUAUAAUAAGCAUCCUUUCUUUCAUUCCUCCUAUUACAGUGAUUUAAAUGUCCUGUCACCCAUCAAGGACUUGUCUAUUCAUAUGUUCUCCUACAGCCUUCCCCGCUGUCGUGAGUAUUGCUCUGUUACAGUUUUCCCUCUAGCUUGUGUCUUCAUCCUGUCACCCUCUACUUAUACCUUCCCACCCACAUUUAAACUGGGUUGCACCUUACAUCUUAAACAGGGUUCUACGGAGUAUGUGAGUGCCUCCCAAAGAUCUGUGGGCUUAGAUGUAUCACAGGUGUGGUACUAGGAAGACUACCUUCAGAGUACCUGCUGAGCUGCUGCGUGGUAGGCUCUCAGUUCCUGUUUGUAUGGGUACUGGCAUCUUUCUGGUUAAUAUAUCCUUAGCCCACAGAAGUAGAGAUAACUGGCUUGCUUGUAUUGCUCACAGGUUUAUUGCCACUCGUACUGUCCCACAGUUUGACUUGUGCAAAAGGGCAAAUGAGUAGACAAAGGAAAAUAGUAAAGAAGUCUACAGAAAAAUAGGACAUUCAGAAGUGGGUGGUGGUGAAAAAGAAUUGCUGGUGGAGAUGGAUAACAGCUUUAAUUUUGAGAAAGCACAUGAGGAAGUUCAGUGUGAAAUAAACUUUCUAUAAAUUAAAACAACAAAAACCCAAUGCACUAAAUGUAGUAGAAAAAGAGGGAAAUGGCCACUCCUGAGGACCAAAUUAGAGGCCUGGAUGGAAUAUGUGCAGUAGUAGUUACCUCUAGAAACGCAAGGCCCAAAGACCUGAAGAUUGUAAUAAAAAUGAAAACACCUUGAAGAAAAGUUUGGAUAUUUAAUGUGAAUAAGUAAAGAACCGUGAGGAAGAAAGGAAACAGACUUAGGAAAACAGUUCAUAGAUACUAGAGGAAAAUUUCCCUGGUUUGAAAGAGCUCUCAUUCUGGAGGCUCCCUGUAACAUGGAGGGAAGGGGGAGGACACUUAGGCAGACAUUUCAUUCAAAUAUUUAUGGUCUACUUCAUGUCAAUGAUACUACUAUUUUAGUCACUGGAAGUCAGGGUAAACAAUUUUGAGCCAUGCCCUCAUUGAAUAGGAAGAGGUAGAUAAUAAAAUGAAUGUGUCAGAUGUGAAUAAGUGAUAGAGAAAAAAGUGAAGUAGAGUGACUAGACAGUGCUGGGAUAAGGCAGAGGCAAGAUACAGUGUUUUAUUGGGUGGUUGGAGGCAAGGUGAUGUUUGAACAGCAAUUUGAAGGAAGUGAGGGAGCCAACCUCGUAAAUAUCUGCGGCGAAAAUAAGGAACAAGAAGUUUAAAAGUCCUAAAAUCGUGAGUCCACCUGGGUGGCUCAGUUGGUUAAGUGUCCGACUUAGCUCAGGUCAUGAUCUCAUGGUUCCUGAGUUUGAGCCUGCAUCGGGCUCUGUGCUGACAGCUCAGAGCCUGGAGUCUGCUUCCCAUUCUGUGUUUUCCUCUGUCUCUGCCCCUCCUGCCUUGAGCUCACACUCUCGCUCUCUCAAAAAUAAAUAAACAUUAAAUUUUUUUUAAAAAAUCCUAAGGUAGUAUAUCUGCAACUCAGAGACUGGCAAGGAGGCCACUUGGGCAGAGAUGAGGCAGCAAGAACAGUUAAGAGGUGAGUGCAGAGUGGGAGCUGGAAAUAAGAUUAUGUAGGACUUUGUAGGCUACUGUAAAGCUCUUAGCUUUUAUUCAUUGGUACAUAGGGGAAGCAUUGGAGAGUUUUUGAGCAGAAGAAGAGUGACCUCAUUGUGACCUUAGGUUUUAAGAGGCAUAAUGCUCUUAGAGAAUAGACUAUGUGGUAGUAAAGGCAGAGGCUGGGAGAUCAGAUCAUUGGAUAUUACAGUAAUUUAGAUAAAUGAUUAGGGCUUGGGCCAGUGUGGUUACUGGGGAGGAGUGACAAAUGGUCAGAUUCUGGAAAUAUUUUGCAAGUAGGUGGAUUGGGUGUGAUGUGUGAUAAUAGAGCCAACAAAAAGGUUUUUUUGUUUUGGGUUUUUGCCUAAAUAACUGGAAGGAUGUAGUUUUCUGCUUACUCUGAUAAGAAAGGUUAUGUAAAGGUCAUAUUUGGGGAUGGUAUUAGCUAAGGGAAACUGGAGUUUUGAGGAAUGUUGAGUUUGAGAUGCUCAUUAGACAUGCAGGAAGAGAUAAUUCAAAUUCUUUAAUUUCAGGGUAAAGAGAGGACUUCAUAAAGGAACAAAAAAAGAAACACACAUCUCCAGGCUUUAAAGAAUGACUACAAAUAAAUGUUUCCCAAGUGAGACCAUUUAUCUUGAGGAUAUGCAAGGAUCCAAAGAGUAUAUCUCCCAAGUAACCUCGGUUGAGGAACAGGGACAUUAGAACUUUUAAGAACUUCAAACAAAUGACGAAUUAAAGAUCUGUGUUCUGUGAUAGAGUGGGAAUUUGAAAUGUUAAGUGGUAAGUAAGAGUUCCUCAAGUGGGAAAGACAUACUACCUGGAAAAUCUCACAUCAGUAACUACAGAUAUUAAGCUAUUUCAGCAAAGAUGUGGGGGCUGAGCUGAGCAGGGAGUAAAGAGUGAGCACCCUAAAUUUCUCAUCCCUGAUGAGAAAAAUGAUUUCAUGGAAGAUGACCAACACUUCUUCUUGCAACUAAUCAGAAGUUCUAUAUUUUUGACAAAUAGCUUUCUAAAACCCACUUAAAGCACUUUGGAAUAUUUAGGGGGAAGAAAACAAACUUGUUUUAAGGUUUUGGAGAUUUUUAAAUAGGUCAGGAAAUUAUUUGCAAGUUGUGAAAUUGUGAAGGUAUGAACAUUUUGAUAGGUAUAUUUAUGUUUUCAACGCAAAAGCACAAAAUAAAUAUCUCCAAUAACCAUUUUUAAAAUGUUCUUUCCAUAGCACAAUUUUUUUCCAACAGUAAUUACUUGUUCAUUCACAGACUUCUGAUCAUCUGACUUCAUAGUAAUUUCUAACCUUGUUAUUUAGCAGAGAGCUAACUUAGGUUUAAGAGGAAGGUCAACUCUCAUUUUCUUGUUCCCACUUGGUUCCAUUAUUACUGUUAUCUUUGUGUUUUUGUUUUGUUUUGUUUUGUUUUUUCCCUCCCUCCUCAGAGAUCUCUUUAUGCCACUUUUCCAUUUUGUAAAGUAUCUAUAAAGUGUUGUCUGUUUCAUUAUGCUGGAUGAGGGAAUGGGAACUUCAUUGUCAGGUCUUUUUCUUCCCUCAGUUCACCUUGUACUGUGUACAGAUAAAGUGAAGGCAUCUGUGUCAAUUCAUAUAUUAACUAUUAAUAAAGCUUAACUUAAAUGCAAAUAUAUAUUUAUUGUCUUCUUCCUGCACCCAACUGAAUCAUCUUGCAUGCACCCUGGAAUGUGUUUGCCCUACUUUGCAGACCAAUAGCAUGAAGUAAAAAUGUUUCAUACAGCAUUUGUCAAACAGUGUUGUGUGUGGAUCAGGAAUGUUAGCAUUCCAGUGAGGGUGAAUUGUGUGACUGUUCAAAUGCGAAUUCCUUGACCUUUGUUUCAAAUUUACUGAAUGGGUUUUUGUGGGAUAGAGACAGAGAAUCCACAUAUAUAACAAGAUUCUCAAGUGAUUCAUGGAUGUACUAUUUUGAGAGUCAAUGACUGAAAACCUGAAGCCAGAUUAUAUUUUCAACCUCAUCAAAUGCUUCCUUCCCAAAAAUUUAGGUCCAGAUAUACUGCCUUGCAGUCUUUCAACAUGCCAUCCAUUUUCACAGCUCCAUGCCUUAGUAAAUGUCCCUUUCUCUGCCUGGAAAAUGGGUUCUUACCUUUCAAGACAAAUUCACACCUGUGAAAUUCACAUCUCUACUUAUAAAAUAACAUUUGUGUUUUUGUGAUUUCUUCUGCUCAUUAUGAGCAGCAUGAGGGAUUUGCCAUUGUUAGUAUUAUCCCAUAUGAGAAAAAAAUCAGAACAAAGUUUAUGUUCUUAAAACCAAUUGAACAGAGAUGUGUUUGCAUCAGUCAUCUAUGUACUGAUUAGGAAUGGACAACCAGAUCUUCAUUUCUCAUAUAUAUGAUGCUACAACUCAUUUUAAAACCUUAAAGAAAUCUACCUAUGCAAGGAUUAUUACAGAGAUUGUCUCGAAAGGAAUGAAACACAAUAAUAGAAAUCUGUAUGAAAGACUAAGCAAAGUUAUACCAGUAUCUAGUAAGGAGUAAGUAUUCACAUUUUUCUUAUGUGUAUUUAUAGUACCAGUGCACUGUAAUUAGUCAUGUUUUAAGAUUUUAGGGUUGACCAGUUAUCAAGUUUACUAUCUCAGCUCCAAAUCCACCCUUCUUUGCCCUGCUUUGUAAUGGCUGGAACUGGGCCCUGUACAGGUUUCUCCUGUACAGGCUGAAUGUUAGGCUGUCACUGGAGGAACAAUGUAAGGUCAUAACAAGGGAAAGAGUGUCUUUUAAUGAUUCUGGUGGACUGUAUUCAACUUGCCUGCCAGCAGAUUAGCAUGCAGAAGGUCGGGGGCACCCAUUCAACAGCCUUCAUGGGUCAUCUGCAGCCUACAUCUUCCUGAAAGUUACUCUGCUGGAAGACCCACCUGUGGCCCACCCAUAGUCUCCAUGGACCCCACCACUUGGUGAGGUGCUCCAACUAGGCCAACACCACCAUCCCCUCCAGCAUGUUUCUUCCAAAGUCUAUGUUCCUGUGUGAGGUAGGCCCUCUCCAAUGAGUUCUGAAUCUCACUGGAGUAGGGGUGGGGUGGCUCUUACAAGUUCUUACUUUCUUUUUUAUUCUCCCACCACUAUAGAGAGAGUAGUUUCUUUCUGCUUCUCUUAUUUCUAUAUCCAUUAGAAUCUUUUUACACCACCUUUUAUUAACAGUCUCUAAAUUUUCUGUAUCAAAAUUACUGAUGUGGUGGUUCCUAUCUCCUGAUUGGAUUCUGACUGAUACAUGGGGUAUGCUGCUCAAGAGAGAUUACUUUGAGAGUGGGGAAUAAACUACUUCCUAAAAGUUGUGUUGAAUCAGGGAGAACAUGUGUUAGAAUUAUGGUUUACAUAAAUAUUUGAAGUCUCAAAAUAGCAAAUGAGAAAAACAAUACUGUGAUGAAGUAAUUGUGUGGAAAUGAGAGAAUGAUUUGGUAGAGUUUUGGUGGCUGACCUGAUUGAAACCAUGCUGAUGGACAUGGGAAACUUUAGAUCAAUAAAUAUUAAUUUAUUCACAUGUUACAAAGAAAAAUACAAAAGGAGGUGAUUACUGUGUCCAGAUUCCUGGGAACCUUCCAGAGCUAUUUUGUACAUAAAUAGAUGAAUAAAUAACCACAUCUCUCAGUCUCUCUCCCUUUUUUUUUUUUUUUAACAUAUUUGGCAUUCUUCUGUAUCUUGCUUUGUUCACCUACAAUAUAUCUUGGAAAUUGUUGUAUGUUUUUUCAGGGUUUUUUUUUUCUGUUUUAUUCUUAAUUUUUUUUUAAGUGAAGUAAACAUCAUAUAGUGAAUAUGUUUCCUUUGAACCGGAUACAUGCUAUUUCACACUAUGGCUAUGCCAGCACUAUGAAGGGACAUCUGGGUUGAGUACAGUUCUCAUUAUACCAUUAUAAACAAUGUUGCAGUAAACAUCCAUGUACGUAUUUAUUUGUAUAUGUGUUUGAGUGUGUCUUGGGUAAAUUCCUAAAAGUGGCAUCACUGGCUCAGAGGUCAUGUUAUUUUUUUUUAACUUUUUAUUUUGAAAUAAUUAUAGAUUCAUGGAAAGUUACAAAACUACUACAGAGAGGUUCCAGGUGUACCUUUCCCAAUUUCUCCCAAUGACAUCAUCUUAUAUAACUAUAGUACAAUAUUAAAGCCAGGAUAUUAAUACAGUCUACAAAUCUUACUUACAUUUCAUCAGUUUUACAUGCCCUCAUUUGUGAAUGUGUGUGUAUGUUCUAUGCAAUUUUAUCACAAGUAGAUUUGUGUAACCACCACCAAAGUCAAUAUGCAAAACUGUUCCAUCAGCACAAAGAUCUUUUGUGCUACACUUUUAUAGCCACACCCACACUCCUCCCUUCACCACCACCCAGUUCCUACUCCUGGCAAUCAACUAAUCUGCUCUCCAGCUCUAUAAUUUUGUCAUUUUGAGAAUACAGUAGACCCUUUUUAUCUGUGGUUUCACUUUCUGCAGGUUUCAGUUACCCAUGGUCAACAGCUGUCUGGAGGGAGAUGAUCCUUUCUGACCUAUUGUCAAGAGGUCAAUAGUAGCCUAACGCUAUGUCACAGUGCCUGUGUCAUUCACUUCACUUCAUCUCAUCAUGUAGACAUUUUGUCAUCUCCCAUCAUCACAAGAAAAGGAAGGGAACUACCCGAGUUGCUGGAGAUGCUGUUUUGGACAAGAUAGAAAAGCGGGCCCCUGGUCCUCAUGGAGCCCACAUCCUUACAGAAUAUCAAAAUUAGACAGAGUCAGUCUGUGACCAUGAUGGAUCAAGGCAAGAUCCAGCCCACCCACAACGAUGUCUGAAUAAAAAACAUGAACAUCGUCCACACCGCAAGAAAAGCCACGUCCUGGCUGAGAGGAAGAGUUAUGAUGGCAGAGAAGUAGGGGGACCAGGAUUUCCCUCAACCCACAACACGGCAGUAUUGAGGUCAGAACACCUGGAACACCCACGCAGUCAGUCUGCAGAGUGACAGAAAAAUGUCCACAGGUGGAGGGAGACAGCUUGGAGGGACUGAGCCUCUCUUCCAGACGUGUGCAGCCACUGGUCCCAGGCACCAACAGAUGACUGUCCACAGGUUUAGUAUUACCACACAACAGAUUACUGUUCUUCGGUAGUAAGAUCUGAAGUCAGGAAGCUGACUUCCUCAGAUCUUCCUCGUCUCAUCUACAUAGCUGAAGAAGGAAUGGUUGUGUGAAUAUCAAUAUGGUAUUGAUAAAUGCCUGAAAAGCCUCUGACAAUGUGUUUUCCAACCAGAAGGUUUGAACUUGAAACUCUCUCCCAAAAAGGAAAGGAAGAAAGCGAUACAGACGACUGAAGUAAAGAACCAGAAAGAAUGAUCCUGCAAAACUGACGUCUAUUUUAUAUUAUCAACUAACUUUUCUUUCUCCUUUGGCUGAAGUUUAGACUCUUUGCUAAUUGUGUCGGUUGGCUUUAUUGUAAAACAAAUCACUUUCUUUUUCAUCGUGACUAACAGGGAGUCAUGAUUUAAUAUGUGUUAAUUACAGGGAUACAAGUAUUAUUCAGCCUAUUCCUUUUUAUAACAAAAGUGUCGAGUGAAACUGGUAGGCAGAUUCUGACGUGCCUUCCAAUGAACUCUACCUCCUGGUAUUCACACUUUUGUGUAAUCCCUUUGAGUGUGAGCUAGACCUAAUGACUUGCUUCUAAUAAACAGAACAUGGAUAAAUGGAUGGACUAUCACUUCUGGGUUUGGAUUGCUAGCAUUCUCUUUCUUGAACUCUCUCUUGCUACUGCCAUAUUGUGAGCUGCUCUGUGGAGACGCCUACGUGGCAAGGAACUGAGGGAAAUGUCCAGCUCAUGAGACUCGAUGCCUGAGUCCAACAACCUGCUGAGAUCUGAAUCCUGAAACCACAGACUCAGGACAAAGAAUAUCUCCCGAUACUGUUAAAUGUAGUUAUCUGGACUGAAUUGAACUUACAUGACAAUUGCAGUCAAGAUUCUGGAACUCAGAAUGGGCAAACCAGUAUUUCCUCUACUAGUAUCAGACUCAGGAGAGAGAGUCUCAUGGACUUGAAAAAGUGUGAAGGCAACUGUAAUGCUUUUUCUAAGAAAGACUUUAGAAUGUGUAUAGAUAUUUUAUUAUUUAAAUUGGACAUCAAAUUUCCUCAGUAUAUUGCUUGUGUUUUGUUAUUCCUAGCAACUUGGGUCUAUAAAAAAAUGAUGUUCUAAAUGCCAUCAGGUAUUCCAUUUUCCUAAGAAAGUAGUUCAAGAAAGUUCAGACAAAAAUUACAUUGUUCUGUUUAUUGCCUGAAUCUAAAAAUUCUUUGUAUUUCCCACUUCGUUGAUAUAUAGUGUGUGAACCCAGAAUUUCUAGAAGAUAUAGGACACAGAUAUUAUAAAGUUUUAAGGGUAACUAUCUUACAGAAAAAAUCUUGACCUGGUUCUAAAAUCUGAAAUUACAGUGUUUCAAUAUUAUAGUUUACCUUGAAAUACAAAUCACUGAGCAUUUUGGUCACAGUAAAUAAGUAACUACGUUGGUCUCAUGAACUCCUCCUCAUGUCAUGAGGUAGUAAGUGUGUCUAUAGACACAUGUGAUGCUAGUAAGCUUCAUUUUGAAUAAGUUUAUCUAUAUUGAACAAAUUUUCAAUAUUUCAAUAAGUUUCCUGGAAAUCAACCCAAGGGUGGGGGGGAGGAAUAAAAAUACAAAUUAACUGUGUCAUGUAAUUGUAUAGAAUUCCCAUGAUCCUAGGGUCCCCUUUAGUAUUUAAAAAUGAAAUUUGAUCAGUGAUAUUAGAAGCAUGUUUUGGGGUCAUAUAUUUUUGUUUUUGCUUCACACACUUAUACCAUUAUCCAUUCCUUUCAAAGUUUCUCCUCAGCUAAUGUUUAUGUGUAUCUGUUUGGGUGGACAAAACAAUGUACGGUCUUUCCCACACUAGUGGAUUAGCCCUAAGGGAAUAUCACUGGAGCUAUUUCAGAGAAGUUAGGGUGGGGUGACCCUGAUGUUCCUGGGAUGGUCCAAUUUGGGCACUGAAAGUCCCAUGUCCUGGGAAACCUCUUGGUCUGGGAAAACUGGGAUGGUUGGUUACUCUGAGAUCUUCUUACCCUCCAACAUCUCUACCACUAGCCUGUCACAGAGUCUGAAAUGGAUCCUUUAGACUGAGUGCUGUGUUUUCAGCAAUCUCAUGUUAAAAUGCAAAUAUACCAAGAUAACUGAUUAAUAUUGGUUUUCAUCAUUUAUUUUUUACCGAGUAUAUGUUUAUCAGCCACAUGGCUUCCACUUCAGAGAGCAGAGAGCUGAACCAGGCAGAAGAGUAAUUAUUCAUAGUGGGGAGAAAAGGAAAAGAACAACCAUUUGUUAAGGACCUACUGCAUGUUGAGGAGUUUGGUGGGCUCUCAAUGGAAACAGAAACAAGGCAAUAGCCUCUAAAGUGGACACGAUAUUGGGUUGGAGAAUGGGAAAGAUGAAGAGCGAAUCCUCCAAAAGAAGAAAGUCAUUACUUGCCUGAGUGAAGAUACACCUGUGGUUGAACAUAGAUCUGCUCAUGGGCUCUGCAUCUUUCUGACAAUAUAACUGGCACACAAAGUUUUAACCUCCAACACUGAAAUCCUCAUCACUAAAAGUGGGAUAUGAUACUUUCCUAAUAAGAUUCUGUGUUUUGUGAAAAUUAAAUGAUAUAAGGCGUGUAAAAUACUUAGGGUAAUGCCUACUACCUAAAAAAGCAGCAUAUAAAUAGAAAGUGUUACUUCUGUUGCUGUUAGUGUAUUUGCUCAGGGACACCCUGCUCAAAAAGCUGUGGCUUCUGAGUUGGUGACAUUCAUGGCCACUUUCAAGAGCGUAUCAUUCCUUUGUCUCUUUGACAUCUAGGCUAUUUGAUGCCUUUGCUGGAAACUGCUGGAUUUAUUGUUCCAUAUGUGUGGUAUGGGUAUACAAACAGGAAAAAAAAAAAAAAACCCCGCACAGCAAAAAGCAAUUGGAUUUGUUUAUAAAGUCAUAAUCACAGGAGCAUUGUUUCUCUUCUGUGCCUCAUUCUGGGUCCUAUUCUAUUAAAUUUCUCUCAGGCAUCAA